UAUCAUUCAAAAUGAGUUCCAACCCAAGCGAUGGAGCCCUUGGACGUUUCUUCGACUUUUUGUCUUUUCUCAGUCUCUCGAGUCACCGUUCAUCAUGCACAAACAGAUGCGUUUGUAUAUUGCCAAAGAUGGCUAUGUCGUGGCUCCAGAACAAGGUCCCAACUUGCGAAUUCAGCGCGAUAACGGCAUCAUUGAACUCACGGGUAGUAUGCACUUGUACCAUACAAAGAGAUUGUAUCUGACGGCUUUUUGAGAACAGACAAGGUGCCCACCAUGACCGAACAGGAAACCGUGCGUGAUAUCUACGGUAUCCUGGGCUUUAUCCGACUCCUAGCAGGCGAAUACAUGAUUGUCAUCACGAAUUGUGACUGCAUUGGCAGCAUUGGCGGCCAAGACAUCUAUCGAAUUUCGGCAUUCCAGAUCUUGCCCCUCGCCCAGGACCUGUCCGAACUGUCUGAACUUCAGGCUCAAGAUGAACAACAUUAUGUCACGUUGCUGGAGUACCAUUUGAAGUCGAACAGUUUCUUUUACUCUUACAAUUAUGACCUGACACAAAACUUGCAAAAGCAGUCGCAGUUUUCUGCCGACACGUUGUCUGCACCGCUGUGGCAAAGAAGCGACGAACGGUUCUUCUGGAACCGGUUUAUUUCUUCCAAGCUCAUCGAUCUGGCCAAAAACAUGCCUCAGUUGAAUGAUUUUAUUUUGCCGGUGAUGCAAGGCUUUGUGAACUUGCAAAUGACGUCCAUCAAUCAGAAAUCAUUCCUUUUGGGUAUUAUUACUCGUCGCAGCCGUCACCGACCUGGCACUCGCUACUUUUCACGUGGUAUUGAUGACAAAGGCCAUGUGUCCAAUUUCGUGGAGACGGAACAACUGGUGUUGUACGAUGGUCCUCAAGGAAGUCAGCCCAUGCAAGGAAAGGUUCGCUUAUCCUAUGUUCAGACCCGCGGUUCUAUUCCGGUCUACUGGACACAGGUCAUCAACCUCAAGUACACUCCUCGCUUGUGGGUUGGCGAAAGCAGACGAAGCCUUUCUGCCGCACGUGCCCACUUUGACGAACAGAUUCGCAUCUAUGGUCCUCAGAUAUUGGUGAAUCUCAUCAAUAAGAAGGGAUAUGAACUGCCUAUGGGUCAAGCCUAUGCUCGGGUUAUUGAACAACUGAAUGACCCUCGACUUCACUACACCCAUUUUGACUUUCACAACGAGUGUAAGAAGAUGCGAUGGGAUCGUAUUCAACUGUUGGUGGAUCAAUUGCAAAAUCAAUUGGAAGAGCAAAGUUAUUUCUACCUUGAUACUGCUAAUGAGAAACCCCUUAAAGUACAAACAUCUGUGUGUCGAUCCAACUGUAUGGACUGCUUAGAUCGCACCAACGUUGUCCAAAGUACUUUUGCUCGUUGGGUACUGACACGUCAGCUUCGAGAGGUCGGCAUUCUGACGGAAAAAGAUGUGGUUGACAAUCAUGAAUCCUUCAUGGUUAUCUUCCGCAAUGUCUGGGCCGAUAAUGCCAAUGCUGUCAGUACGACAUACUCUGGCACCGGUGCCUUGAAAACCGAUUUCACAAGAACGGGCCAACGUACCAAAUCAGGCGCUCUGCAAGAUUUGCAAAACUCUUUGACACGUUAUGCAAAGAAUAACUUUAUGGACGGUAAUCGCCAGGAUGCGUUUGACUUGUUCCUUGGUAAUUACCAAGUGGAAGGUGGCAAUGCCACUGCCAAAUAUCACAGUCCUUUUGGGAGCAACCGACCCUUGCGUGUGCGUGUGGUUCCUUACAUCCUCUUGUUUGCUUUGUUCAUGUUCUGGCUGAACGUAUUCCGUCCCAGUUAUUCCGGAUUCCAGUCCACAACGUCCUACAUGUUACUGCUUGCUUUUUGGAUAUCUGUGGUUAUUUCUGGUGUGCGCUUUGCUAUCCAGCACGGUGACGAUUUCGUCCAGUGGCCUCAUCUUGUCGCUCUUCCUCCCACUGAGCUCGAAACAUCCGAAACGGGAACAGUGGAAAAGGGACAUAUGGCUCCUCCAGAAGGCAUUCCUUUACAGACGCUUUAACUUUUCUGACAUUGGGCAUCUGUCUUUUUUUUUCCCUCGCUCAUUCUCUUUUUGAGAUUUUUCUUUCUUCUUCUAUCAUUAAAUCUCUAAUCCUCCUUUCUUUGUCAUAAUUAUCGGAUAAACAAUCAAAAAAGCAAGACGUGGGAUAAAGAAAAAAAAGAGAUUGGAUGAAUCUUUUGCAUGUUAAAGAUGAGGCAAAGCAAAAAAUAAAAAAAA